AUGUCUACCUCAGCAACUUCCGAAAUCGAUAUCACUCAAUACAACACUGUAACAGAAGGAAAAGCUACCAUUCUUUUCCCCAAGAAGAAUGAGGUCUUUUAUAAUCCUGUUCAACAGUUCAAUCGUGACAUGUCCAUUGCUGCUAUUCGCACCUGGAGUGAGAUCUACAAUCAAGAGAAGGCUGAGCGCAUUGAAAAGAGACUUGCAAAGGCCAAAGAUGAAGAAUCUAUCGAGAAAUUGCAAAAGUCUUUGGAUGAUGUCAAGACUUCCAACAACUUUGUCGUCCUCGAGGCACUUGCUGCUAGUGGUUUGAGAUCCGUCCGUUAUGCUAAAGAAAUCCCGAGAUUAAAGCAGGUUGUCUGUAACGACAUUGAAUUAGACGCAAUGGAAGCUAUCAAGCGUAAUGUGAAAUACAAUGGAUUAACAGAGGAAUUAGUAAAGCCCAACCAUGGUGAUGCUAUGCGUGUCAUGUACGAUUGUGUUGGCACUGAUAACAAGUUUGAUGUUAUUGAUUUGGACCCCUACGGAAGUGCUGCUCCUUUUGUGGAUGGUGCUGUUCAAGCUGUUUCUGAGGGUGGUUUGCUGUGUGUCACUUGCACUGAUCUGGCCAUUCUUGCUGGCUCAAUGCAUCCCGAAACAUGUUUUGGUAAAUAUGGUGGUAUGCCUUUGAAAAACAUGUUUCCCCACGAAAUGGCUCUUCGUUUAGUGUUACAAAUGCUGCAGACUUCAGCUGGUCGUUACAAGCGCCAUAUUGUUCCUCUCGCAUCAUGCAGCAUCGAUUUCUAUUUGCGAGUAUUCGUGCGUGUAUAUACAUCACCCAAAGAAGUCAAAAAAUCUGCUAGUAAAAUGGCCAUUGUCUACGAAUGUUCGGGAUGUCAUGCCUUCUCCACACAGCCUCUCGGUAAAAUCAGUGUCAAAGAUAAUGGUGGUGAGAAGCACACACCUGCUACAGGCCCUUCUGUCAACAGUCUCUGUGAGAAUUGUAACAGCACACAUCACAUCGGCGGUCCUGCUUGGGGCGAUAAGAUCCACGACGAUGAAUUUGUAGCCAAGAUGUUGCAACAUGUGAAGAACAACGAAUCCAGCUAUGGCACUGCUAAGCGCAUGAUUGGCAUGCUGUCUGUUAUCAAGGAAGAGAUCCAUGUACCUUUCUAUUGGACACUCGCAAGAUUGUGUGGUACUUUGCAUUGUAAUAGUAUUCCCAUCUUGGAUCUUUUCUCUGCUAUCUUGAAUGCUGGUUAUCAAGUGUCUGCUGCUCAUGCUGGUAAGCAAUCUAUCAAAACCGAUGCACCUUCGCCUGUCGUUUGGGAUAUUAUGAGAGCUUGGGUUAAGAAGAAUCCUGUCGUGAUGAACAAUAUUCCAGAAAACUCACCUGCAAGAACCCUUCUUGCCAAAGAACCUACAAUCACUGUUGACUUCACAAGGCAUCCAAAGGCUGUUUCUGAAUCUAGAUCAGAGCAUUUAGUGCGCUACCAAGUUAACCCCACUGCCAAUUGGGGACCUAAAGCUAGAGCAGGUCAAAAGAGAAAAACUGACGAACAAGUCUUUGAAUAA